AUGAAUAUACACGACUUGCCUGAUGAAAUUUUACUUCGUAUUUUAAACAAACUGAAUAAUAUUGAUAUACUCUAUUCACUUGUGAAUGUAAAUCAACGAUUUGAUAGAUUAGCACUUGAUUCUAUUUACAUUCGUGAUCUUGAUUUUACAGUUAAUGAUAUAUCUGAAGAAUGUCAUCAAUUUUUCGAUCGAUUUUCUACAAGUAUCUUACCUCGAAUUCAUCAUCAAAUAAAAAAACUUACUCUUGAACAAUUUUCAAUAGAACGUCUUCUAUAUAUUGUUGAUUAUCCUCAACUUUAUUCAUUAUCACUUGUUUUUUCUCAACCGGAAACAAUUUUUAAAUAUUUAAUAGGUGAUACAAUACUUAUUCGUCUUCUUACUAAACAAAUUACUCAUUUUAAUCUAAAGAUCAAUUCCAGAACAAUUGAAUCAUUUGAUAGAUAUGAACCGACUUUGUUUGCAAUGAUAUUAUCAUUUGCCAAAUGUUUAACCGAUUUCACUUUUCUACAAUCCAUUCGAGAUCCUUUAAUAAAUUCAAUUUUUAAUCUAUUUUCAACAAAUUGUGUAUCGUCAACUUUGACUAAAUUAAAAAUUGAUGUUAAUACUCUCGACGACUGUCUUUAUAUUCUUGAUGGACGAUCCGAUUGUUUAUCGACAUUAAUUAUUGAUAUAGAAACAAUUGGACCUCAAUUAUGGAAUAUAGAUACUACAAAAAAAAUUUCAAAAUUGAAAUAUUUUUCAUUAACUUCGACUUCAAGAACAUCUUAUUAUCAUGAACUUGUUCCAUUAUUUCGUCGAAUGACAAAUCUCGAAGAAUUAACAUUAUUUCUUUUCGUGAAAAGAAUCAAAUCGACUUAUAUUGAUGGAAUUCAUUUAAAUGAUGAAAUUCUCAUUCAUAUGCCACGAUUAAAUAAAUUUACUUUUAGUAUAACUACUCUUGUUUGUAAUAGAAACAGCAAUAUUAUCCUUCCUUCAAAUGAUGAUAUUCAACGUAGUUUUAUUGAAAGAAAAUAUCAACAAAUUGGUUCAUAUGCGGAUGAUAAUACAAUGAAAAUUAGAGCUCGAUGUCAUAUUUAUUCACUUCCAUAUCAAUUUGAUAUGUUUCAUAAUGUGACUAAUUCUUUUAAAGGUGCCAUAUUUGAUAAAGUUCGAUCGGUGAUAAUUAUUGAUGAUAUACGUCCUUUUGAAUAUGAAUUUUCCCGAAUUAUCUCACAAUCUUUUCCUUUUCUUCAAACAUUAUCGAUACAAAAUAAUGAACCACAAAAAUAUAAAAAAUAUUUAUUUAAAUUUAUUACAUUUCCUCAUCUUAAUGUUCUCAAUCUUGAAUUGGCACACAUUGAUUAUAUUGAACAAUUUCUCUUUGAAAGAAAGACUCAUUUACCUUGUUUGUUACAUCUCACAAUCCAAUAUGAUUCAUUAGUUAUGAUAACAAACAAUUUUACCAAUAAUCCAACAUAUUUCAAUUUUGCAAAGUUGAAAACUCUUCUUACAGAUAAGGCUUUUGUUCGUCCAGAAAAUUUUCAUUUAUAUUUUCCUCGAUUAUAA